UAUUAACCAUCUAUAACGAUCAGUAAAGAAAAAAAAAAAGAAAAUAAAAUUUGUAGAAGAUUAUUAAGGUUACCGAAAAUCAUGGCAUUUAUUUCUGUUAGAGAGAUAUUCACACCAGUUUUCAGACAUAGCAUCAAACAUGUAUAUCUUAGCAGGCACAUUGUUAAGUGUCAACACAAUAAACUAUGCAACCAAUUGCUGUUACCAACCAUAACUAGUCAAAGAUUUUACGCAGAAAAGAAAAUAUUUAGCAGAGAUAAACCUCAUUGUAAUGUUGGAACAAUAGGACAUGUUGAUCAUGGAAAGACUACGUUAACCGCAGCAAUAACUAAAGUUCUUGCUGAAAAACAAUUGGCUAAGGCUAAAGGUUACAGUGAAAUAGACAAUGCACCAGAAGAAAAGGCACGUGGUAUAACAAUCAAUGUUGCACAUAUUGAAUAUCAAACAGAAAAACGUCAUUAUGGACACACAGAUUGUCCAGGUCAUGCGGAUUAUAUUAAAAAUAUGAUUACGGGUACUGCCCAAAUGGAUGGUGCUAUUUUAGUUGUAGCAGCUACCGAUGGUACCAUGCCACAAACCAGAGAACAUUUACUUCUAGCUAAACAAAUUGGAAUUGAGCAUAUCGUUGUUUUUAUUAACAAAGUUGAUGCUGCAGAUUCUGAAAUGGUUGAAUUAGUAGAAAUGGAAAUACGUGAUUUAUUAACUGAAAUGGGUUUCAAUGGUGAACAAAUUCCUGUUAUCAAGGGCAGUGCACUUAAUGCACUUGAAGGAAAAAAUCCAGAAAUUGGUGCAGAAUCAAUUUUAAAACUUUUAGAUGCUGUUGAUGAUAAUGUACCAACGCCAAUAAGAGAAUUGGAUAAACCAUUUUUAUUACCAGUAGAAUCAGUUUAUUCAAUUCCUGGUAGAGGUACAGUUGUUACUGGUAGAUUAGAAAGAGGAAAGAUUAAGAAAGGAAUGGAUUGUGAAUUCAUUGGAUAUAAUAAAACGAUGAAGAGUGUAAUCACUGGUAUUGAAAUGUUUCAUCAAAUAUUAGAAGAAGCACACGCUGGUGAUCAAUUAGGUGCUCUUGUUAGAGGCUUGAAAAGGACUGAUGUUAAAAGAGGUAUGAUCAUGUGUAAACCAGGUUCUAUGAAAGCGUAUGAUCAUUUUGAAGCACAAGUUUAUGUAUUAAGUCCUGAGGAAGGUGGUAGGAAAAAACCAAUUAGUAGUCUUUCACAAUUUCAAAUGUUUUGUAAAACGUGGGACGUUGCUGCACAAAUUAAUUUAGGUGACAAAGCAAUGGCUAUGCCAGGAGAAGAUUCCAAAUUUGAAAUCAAAUUAAUUCGUCCAAUGGUAUGUGAGAAAGGUCAACGAUUUACAUUCCGUGAUGGAAAUACAACAUUAGGAACUGGAGUUAUUACGAAUAUUCUACCAUCAUUAUCAGAAAAUGAACGUGUACUUAUUUUAGAAGGAAAAAAGAAGAAACAGAAACAAAUGGAGGGACAGUAAAGAAAAUGUUUAGAUUAAUGUAUAUAUAACA